CAAACGAAGCUCAGCUGGAUAUUGUGGUGUCCUAGGAAAACACGGAGCAGCUCUGUGUGUUGUCAUCUCCAGAGGAGGAGCUCCAUCCUCUGUAAACCACAGACGAUGUUUAACCCCUGUGUCUGUCACCGUAUCUAACCUGCUCCUGAUUCCAACCCUUGCACAACAACUCUGUCUGGGUGUAGCUAGCUAGCUGCCUGUGUACAGCCUGAGCCCGGACACACACUCACACACACAGCAGGUUUAUAUGUGAGCUGAGCAAGGCAGAGAUGACGAGCGGGUUGGUGACAGGCUUUUCUUUAAAGCGAGUGUGGUAGACCCGGACCACCGACCCGGUUUGGUUCGGCUCCCGGUGCUGAGGAUUUGUUGAGUCAAGCUAGCUCCAAGCACACCGACCAGCCCACCUAGUGGCCUCACAAGGUGACUGCCCCCUGGCCCGCACUGUUUGCUGUGCUGUGGCCUUGUCUCACCUUUUCCAGACACUGUUAAUAUGACUGCAAUGCGUGUGGAUGCCAAAGUGGUGAUGCUAGGAAAGGAGAGCGUGGGGAAGACCAGCUUGGUGGAGAGAUAUGUUCAUCAUCGCUUCUUGGUCGGGCCCUAUCAGAACACUAUUGGUGCAGCUUUUGUUGCCAAAGCCAUCCAAGUGGGAGAGAAAGUGGUUACCCUGGGAAUAUGGGACACAGCUGGAUCAGAGCGCUACGAAGCUAUGAGCAGAAUCUACUACAGAGGAGCCCGGGCGGCCCUGGUCUGCUAUGAUCUUUCUGACAGCAGCAGCUUCAAGCGAGCUCGGUUCUGGGUGAAAGAGCUGCAAAACUGUGAAGAAAACUGUAAAAUCUACUUAUGCGGCACUAAGAGUGAUCUGGUGGAAGGAGACCGGAGCUUGCGCCAAAUCGACUACCACGACGCUCAGGACUUUGCUGAAGAGAUUGGUGCACAACACUUUGAGACCUCCAGUAAAACGGGAAAGAACGUGGAUGAGUUAUUCCAGAAGGUUGCUGAGGUUUACAACAGUACGGCCUUCCAGUACAUGACGGCAGAAGAAACUGGCGUGGACUUGGGCCAAAAGAAAGACUCCUAUUUCUACACCUGUUGUCACAACAACUGAUGCCGAGCAACAUGAAGGGAAACAGAAGUGGUCACCGUCUCUCAGCUGGAGUCAAACCUGGCUGGGUGUCGGAUAUCUCCGCUUUGGAUCUGGAAUCCAAAUCACAGAAGGAAAAGAGGUCAAACAGUGCUGUUCUUUGUUAGAUAUGUUUAUUUCUUUUGUGCCAUAAGGAACAAAAGGCUGCAAAACUAUGGAGAAGGAUUUGCUACAGCUGGGACUGUUUCUGGGUGGGGAGGGAUUUUUAAAAAAACAACACUUCCACCUUUUUCCUCAGUUAUGUCCUGUGUUAUAUCCCAACAUCAGCUGGUCACUGUAGCUCUGAGCUGGACCACAUUAUGGGAGUGAACAUGACGUUUUAGUGACCUGCAGUGGUGAGGAAGUUAAAACAGUGCAGACUGGAAGGAAGGAUCCUCUCAAACCAGACUGGCAGAGAAAACUUGAUUGAUGCUGUUUAUUGAGGUGGCGACUACAGACAGUGCUACAGGGUGGUGAAUGGUUUGUUUACAGCAGUUAAUUUUUGUUUACAUCAAACUGUUUUUAAGCUCGUUGUGGGAGCAAAUCUGUUAGGCCUGCACAUCUUCAAUGAUGCCUAUACAAUUGUAGUGAAGAUGAGGACACAUGACUCUAAGGUCCUCAGUCGUACUUCACUGAAAUGAACCUUAACGAAACAUUUGCAAAUCUGGUAUAACUUAUGAAUGAAAGGAUACCAGUGAUCUUUAUAAAGGCCUUUAUAUGCACAGUAGAAAGGACAGGACAAUGCAUGUGUCCCAAAUGAGCUUUCUAGAGCAUUGGCUCGCUACUGUUUACCACAGCUUUUACCAUGUGACAGCUAUGGAUGUAAUAAGAGAACUGAGGCUGGGCAGUCAUGGAGCCUUCCUGCUAAUUUCUCCCCUCUGGCUGCUUGUGACACUGAAUUAGACCAAGGUUAUCAAAGACAUGUCUGUCAAACUGUGGACAGGAUACCCACAAUUGUUCACGCUUCGUAUGACGACUUUUUAAACCAAAAACACGAGAAAUAUAAUAUAUAAGAGUCCAUUUCUUGUAAUACAUCCAUGCUGACUGUAUGUACAACACACAUCUAAGUUAUCUUUGGCAGCAAAAGCUAAACUGAUCGGGAAAGUAUUUUACAUUUGAACUCUAAACGUUCUUCUUUGUACUUCUGAAUGGAUGUCACACAUUCAGAAAUAUGACUAUCAAAUUCAUUUCUGGUAGUGAAACGAUCCUUCAGCGCUCCACCUACUUAUCUAAGCUUCCCUCUGCUGUGAUGAUGAACCGCAGAUUUAACCAACACAGGAAGAAGCCUUGUGGCUGAAUGGUGUAACAUUGUACAUACUGUCAACUCUCGAUGUUCUCAGAACCAGAUCUUCAGCUCUAUUCAACACUCAAGCCUCUAAUUUAUUGCCUUUUUUAUUUGUGCUGCCAGAUGUUGGAAAAUAAACAGACACCAUCUUAGUUUU